AUGACCGUACGAGACUCGGAUGACCUUCACAAGGUCGAUGACGAGCAAACACAAGUCAAUCGAGUUAGCAGUAACAAGAUUACAACGGAACUACCUUCUCAAACAGUUGAUGGAGUUCAAAUUGAUUGGCCUUCAGAAAUCGUACUGGCCGAUCCUUCAUUCAAUCAGCGCGGUCCUAUUGACCUGAUAUUCGGAGUGGAGAGCUUUUAUGAUAUUUUGCGGGAAGGGCAAAUAAAAACCUACCCGAACAAACCAGUGUUGCAGAACACCGCUCUAGGAUGGGUGGUAUCGGGAAGAGCUUGCCUAGCUGCUUUAUCAUCGACUGUUAACCUUGCGCAUAUUUGUGCAACAUCGUCCAUAGAAGAACCAUUAUCUCGUUUUUGGGAGAUUGAAUCUUGCCAAAUAAAGAGCAAUCUAUCAGUAGAGGAGUCCGCGUGUGAGGAACAUUUCGCUAAAACCACUACAUGGGAUCCUUCCGACCGAUUCGUCGUAGCAUUGCCAAAGCGAAACUCGAUGAUUUCAAGAUUAGCCUAUUCAGCCUUCAUCAACGAGUACGCCUAUCUCGGACACAUGAAACUGAUUGAUGACUCUGCUGAAGCUGAAUUGAAUUCCCCAACCUAUUAUUUACCUCAUCAUUGCGUCGUUCGACCAGAUAGUAUCACCACGAAACUUCGCGUUGUCUUCGAUGCUUCAUGCGCUACGGACACAGGAGUGUCUUUAAAUGACUCACUGUUGGUGGGUCCACUCGUGCAAGAUGACCUGUUCGCAAUUGUAUUAAGAUUUCGUCUGUCUCAAUUUGCUAUCAUCUCUGACAUUGAGAAGAUGUACCGUCAAAUUCUCGUUUGUGAUGCUGAUCAACCACUGCAGCGAAUUUUAUGGAGAGACUCCCCUAUGCAACCUAUUCGCAGCUACCAGCUCACAACCGUUACUUACGGUACCUCAUCAGCACCUUAUCUUGCGACAAAGACCCUUCAAAAACUAGCAGAAAUUAGCUCGGAAGGUUUUCCCGCUGCAGCAAAUGCCAUUAGACGUGACUUCUACAUGGACGACAUGCUCACUGGUGUCGAUAGCGUAGAAGAAGGUCAUGAACUUUACGAACAGUUAACACAAGUAAUGCAAUCUGCAGGUUUUCAACUCCGUAAAUGGGCCUCAAAUGAUCCCGCAAUUCUCGAGGUCAUUCCGCCUUACUUAGAGACGAACGGACAGUCUUCGAUUUCCACUUACCAGUAG